AUGAGUCGCAUACGCAUACGCGUUGGUAACACUGGUGUCGAAGGACAGGUGUGCAUGGCGGACGCUUUGUGUCUCUUCAAGGAGAAGGCUGUCGUAGGCAAACUGCCCGAUCCACAUCUCUUCACUGUUGCAACUUUGACUGGCCACGAUUGUAUUUCAGUUGGUGAUGGUUACUCCAUUGCCAUCGAUAAUAGUGUGGCACAUAAGGCUGGACAUGCACGUUUGCUGCAAGAGACCGGUCAAUCUUUCGGUGAACCGUUCGAGGUAUCCGUGUUGCGUCCAGAUGAUUUCGACUUUAACAAAGGUAAAAUGAUUGGCGAAGACGUCGUACAGGCCAAUAAUGCACCUUCGACACGCACGCCAAGAGGUCAUCAGAUUCCAGCAGCUUUUCUCAUUCAAGCUACUGGUUUGGACAAACAUGGCGUCGAUUCGAAGUUUCCGAUCAAAUAUACACACAUUGGCAUCGCUGGUAGUGCUUGUGUAUUUCCAGAGAUGCCAACUGGUGCACCGAUUGUAGCAUUGGCAAAAACCCAUUUGGAUACUUAA